AUGGCUGCCUUUGAUAUGGAUGAUCCCAAGUCCGUCGUUUCCCCGGGAGGUGUUGGAUUUGACAUCAAUUGUGGCGUGCGGCUGUUGCGCACCAAUUUGACGGAAAAGGUACAUUGGCCGGAUCGAGCAGUCGUCGUUGCGGAUGAUGAUGAUGAUGAUGACAAAGACGACGGCCUCGACUACGAAAUUCGAUGCGCUGCUUUAACUCGUGUUAUCCCGUCGCGAUUGAUGAAAUUGAGCAGGCGUCAAUUGGAUUCGUGA